GGAGAGGAGGCGGGAGGCCAGGGCCCGCCCCGAGGCCACUCUUGCGCCUCUCAUAGCCACAGGGGUAAAGCCCUGUCACCCCCAGGGCCACCGAGAAAAGGAACCCGAGAUCAGAGUGGGGCCAGCUGAGGGUGAGGGUGAGGCCCCAGGACAGCGACCUUCCAGGGAGGCAGGGAGCAGGCACAGGGGACCUGGGGGGACCCAGAGAACAGACUCCCCUCACAAGUGGAGAAGAGGAGAGCGGAAGGAACUAGGGAGGGACAGAGGGAGCUUGGGGAGGGGAGAGGAGGGGGAGUGGGGUCAGGCCAGGCAGCCAGGGAGGAGGCAUACGGCUGGGGGCAGGAAGCUGGGGACCCGGCCAGCCGGCUCUGUCCCUCGGCCGGCAGCACCCUGUUCCAGACCUGGCCAGCGGAGAUCCGGUGGGGAUGUGCCUUUGAGGGCCCCCCCGGAGCCCCCCACCAUGGCCCUCAGCACCCUCUGGAGCUGCUACCUCUGCUGCCUGUUGACCACAGCUGUGGGGGCAGCUAGCUACCCUCCUCGCGGCUACAGCCUCUACACAGGGGGCGGCGGGGCGCUCAGCCCAGGGGGACCCCAAGCCCAGAGUGCCCCACGGCCUGCCAGUCGCCAUAGGAACUGGUGUGCCUACGUGGUUACACGGACCGUGAGCUGUGUGCUGGAGGAUGGAGUGGAGACCUUCAUGAAGCCCAGCUACCAGCCCUGCACCUGGGGGCAGCCCCAGUGUCCCCACAGCAUCACGUAUCGCAGUUUCCAUCGCCCUCGAUACCGAGUGGCCUACAAGACCGUGACGGACAUGGAGUGGAGGUGCUGCCAGGGCUAUGGGGGUGAUGACUGUGCUGAGGGUGCUGCCCCAGCUCUGGGUCCCGCAGCAUCCACCCCACGUCCCCGGCCUGGCCGUCCCAACCUCUCUGGCUCCAGUGCCGGGAGCCACCUGAGUGGACUAGGGGGCGAGGGUCCCCGGGAGUCGGAGAAGGUGCAGCAGCUGGAGGAGCAGGUGCAGAGCCUGACCAAGGAGCUGCAGGGCCUCCGAGGGGUCCUGCAGGGGCUAAGCGGCCGCCUGGCAGAGGACGUGCAGAGGGCGGUAGAGACAGCCUUCAAUGGCAAGCAGCAGCUGGCCGAUGCGGCUGCCCGCCCUGGGGUGCAUGAAACCCUCAGCGAGAUCCAGCAGCAGCUGCAGCUCCUGGACAACCGCGUCUCCACACAUGAUCAGGAGCUGGGCCACCUCAACAACCAUCAGGGAGGCAGCGGCGGUGGGGCCCGUGGUGGAAGCACGGGCAGGGCACCCCCAGGCCCCAAUGACGAGCUUCUGCAGGAGCUGGAGCGACGGCUGCAGGGGUCCUGCUCCGUGUGCCUGGCAGGCCUGGAUGGCUUCCGACGGCAGCAGCAGGAGGACCGGGAUCGGCUGCGGGCGCUGGAAAAGCUGCUGGCCUCGGUGGAGGAGCGGCUGCGGCAGUUUGGGGGGCAGGCCCCGGGCCGCCGGCCCCCACAGGAGUGCUGUCCCCCGGAGCUGGCCCGGCGGCUGGCCGAGCUGGAACGCAGACUGGAUGUGGUGGCCGGCUCGGUGACGGUGCUGAGUGGCCGGCGUGCUACUGAGCUGGGGGGAGCAGCCGGACAGGGGGGGCACCCCCCAGGCUAUACUAGCUUAGCCUCCCGCCUCUCUCACCUGGAGGACCGGUUCAAUGCCACACUGGGGGUGUCAGAGGAGCAGGGGGGCCCCUGGCUGGGCCGUCCAGGGGGCCUGGGCCAAUGGCUGCCCACCGCCCGGGGUCAGCUGCAGAAGCUGGAGGGGCUGCUGGGCAAUGUGAGUGGGCAGCUGAGUGGGCGGCUAGACGUGCUGGAAGAGCAGGUGUCCGGGGCCGUGCAGGCGUGUGGGCAGCUCUGCUCCAGGGCGCCAAGCGAGCGGGACUCACAGGUGGGCAAGCUCCUCGGGGCCCUGGAGCGCCGGCUGGCGGACAGUGAGGGCCAACUGCGGCUGUUGGGCACAGGCCUGCAUGAAGCGGGAGUGGCGGGGGAGGCCCGGCGGACGGCACUGGACAGACUGCAGGGCGACGUGGGUCGGCUCCAGGGCCGCGCAGAUGCCCAGGACCAGGCCGUGACGGAGCUGAGCCUACAGCUGAAUCUCACGGCCACCCGGCUGGGCCAGCUGGAAGGGCUGCUGCAGGCCCGUGGGGAGGAGGGCUGUGGGGCCUGUGGGGGGUUCCAGGAGGAGCUGGGGCGCCUCCGGGAUGGGGUAGAGCGCUGCUCUUGCCCACUCUUACCCCCCCGGGGCUCCGGAGCAGGGGCCGGGGGGCCAAGCCGGGGGCCCCUGGACGGCUUCAGUGUGUUUGGUGGCAGCUCGGGCACAGCCCUCCAGGCUCUACAGGGUGAGCUGUCGGAGGUGAUCCUCACCUUCAGCUCCUUCAAUGACUCCCUGCAUGAGCUGCAGACUGCCGUGGAGGGCCAGGGCGCUGACCUGGCCGACUUGGGCGCCACCAAGGACCGGAUCAUCUCUGAGAUCAACCGGCUGCAGCAGGAGGCCACGGAGCACGCCACGGAGAGCGAGGAGCGCUUCCGAGGCCUGGAGGAGGGCCAAGCCCAGGCCGGCCAGUGCCCCAGCCUGGAGGGCCGCCUGGGCCGUCUCGAGGGUGUCUGUGAGCGCCUGGACACCGUGGCUGGGGGCCUGCAAGGCUUGCGUGAGGGCCUUUCCAGACAUGUGGCCGGGCUCUGGGCCGGGCUGCGGGAGGCCAACAGCAGCAGCCAGGCCCAGGCGGCCCUGCUGGAGAAGCUGCUCGGGGGGCAGGCAGGCCUGGGCCGGCGGCUCGGCACCCUCAAUAGCUCUGUGCUGCUCCUGGAGGACCGGCUGCUCCAGCUUAGCCUCAAGGACUUCACCGGGCCUCCAGGUGAAGCUGGGCCCCCAGGGCCUCCCGGACUGCAGGGGCCCCCAGGCCCUGCUGGACCUCCAGGACCCCCGGGCAAGGAUGGAGAAAAGGGACCUAUUGGACCACCAGGUCCCCAAGGGGAACAGGGAGAGGAGGGGGCACCAGCAUCCCCCGUGCCCCGAGUGGCCUUUUCAGCUGCCCUGAGUCUACCCCGAUCAGAACCAGGCACUGUGCCCUUCGACAGAGUCCUGCUCAACGACGGCGGUUACUAUGACCCAGAGACGGGUGUGUUCACCGCGCCCCUGGCUGGGCGCUAUCUUCUGAGCGCAGUGCUCACAGGUCACAGGCACGAGAAGGUGGAGGCCGUGCUGUCCCGCUCCAACCUGGGUGUGGCCCGCAUAGAUUCCGGGGGCUACGAGCCCGAGGGCCUGGAGAACAAGCCUGUGGCCGAGAGCCAGCCAAGCCCGGGUGCCCUGGGCGUCUUCAGCCUCAUCCUGCCGCUGCAGGCGGGAGAUACAGUGUGCAUUGACCUGGUCAUGGGGCAGCUAGCGCACUCUGAGGAGCCACUCACCAUCUUCAGUGGAGCCCUGCUCUACGAGGACCUGCAGUUUGAACAGGUGUAGAUAGGGGCAACUGUCCACACCGGCCAGCAUCAGCAGGGGUGGCCACGGGACCUGCUGCAGCUUUUGGAGUGUGGACUUUGAGCUUGGACCCCUUCCAGGUUUUCAUCGGACACCAGUCCAAACUUUCUGCUUGACUGCCGUACCCUGUAGGCCUGGGACUGCGGAGGAGCGGGCCCUCGAGCCUGUGCUUGUCCACCUGGCCUUCUAGGCCCAUGCCCUGGGCUCCAGGGCUCUUCUGAAGGGCUCUGGGCCCCACUGCCAUACUAAACUAUUCAGGAAUAAAGACUUUUUUUUUAACUUAU